UGUCGUCAGGGAAAACAGAGGGACCAGUCUUAAAGUGACACUGUUACCAUGGGGAUUCAACACAUUUCCGGACGCAUUUACUCAUUCUGAAGUGAAGGGAAAAUACUGCCAAAUAUGGACUCUGAAUACUUGAAAAGGGGCAUGGGAAAAUGUCUCACGGAGGGGUUAGCCGAAGUGUCCGAGCAGCGCCCGAUGGAUCCAAUCGAGUUUCUAGCCCACUGGAUUUACAAGUACAAAGAAAACAUGGAUUAUGAGGAGAAAAAAAAGGCUCACCAGAAAUUACUGGAGCAAGAGCAGGAGAAAGCCAGGAAAGAACAUUUAUACCUGAAGCAGAUGAAGGAGGAGGAGGACAAGAUCAGAGAGUCACUGGAGGAAUCCAAACCACCAGAGGGACUCAUUGCAACACCUACCUCGGAUCCUUUGCCAGAGAGGGCGAAGGCAUCCAACAGCCCUAAGCUUGCUGCUGUGGUGGAGGGGAACAAUGGGAUCUCUCAGGGCAGUGGCGAUGCGAAUGAGCCUCAUGAUUCAGACAUACCCAUCAUCACCCCUCUGCAAACCAAACAGGAAACAGAGGAAAUCCAAAACAAAGUAUUGGAGGAUAUCACAGGAGAGGAGGGGAAAGUCGCAGAUGAUGUAACAGCUCCAGCCCUCACAGAUCCAACGCUGGCAGAGCCAGAGGAGAGAGACUCUGGUCCUGUUGAGCCCCUCAGCUCCCAGGUCAAAGAGGAGAGAGACUCUGGUCCUGUUGAGCCCCUCAGCUCCCAGGUCAAAGAGGAGAGAGACUCUGUUCCUGUUGAGACCCUCAGCUCCCAGGUCAAAGACUCUGAAGAGAUGCCUGUGGAGAAAACUAAAGUAGAGUCAGAGUACACCAAUGACAAAGAUGGAGAAAAGAUGACUGAUAAACCUAAGACCAGUGAACCUGAUGAUUCCACACAAGGUUUGUCACUUUCAGGAAAAGAGAGCGGUGAAGUCAAACCAGAUGAAAUUCUAUCUGAGGAGCCACAAAAAGAAGAGAAAAGUAUUUCACCUGAUCACCUGGACAAAGAUAAGGAGCCAGACAAAGCAGAGACUAGUGGGGCAGCAGAUGACACUGCAACUGCGGAGAGCAGUGAUCUUAAAUCAAAUGUCACACCAAUUGUAGAAGGGACGGUGACAUCAGAGGGGGUACUUGAAAACUCGGCUCCUGUUGAUGAAGUCCAGGUGACAGUAUCUGAAAGUGCCUUUGAGAUUAUCUAGUGUUGCACAAACAGAAUGGCUGUAUGACACUGGUUAAAAUGUUAAAUAUUCACUGAGCCUUUUUCUUUUUCAGGAAGAAGAGGCAUAACAGUGCUAAUGAAUAUCAUCCUACAUAACAUGAUAGUUGUUUAUUACAGAUAGUGUGUACACAACCAUAAAUUUGUUCAAUAUAUGAUGUAAACUGCAUUGGACCACUGAUGUAAUUUUGUAAUCGUAACUGAUUAUCCUGUAGCAUAAUGAUAAUAGCUUUGUUUUUAAUCAAAGAUAAAUGAACGGAAUAGGCCUA